AUGCCACAAUACGCGGGCACUGGACCCGACGGUUGGGAUGCCAUGUUCACACCCUCUUUGUCUGAUGAAAGCUACGAAAGCUUCGAGGAGAAGAUUCACUUCCAUGCCAACAGCAGCAGGAGACUCGGCUGCGAAAUUGACGAGCUGCAUGGUGUCAAGAUCGUGAACAACGGAGGCGAGGCAUCAAAUGUAGAACGCGUAUCCUAUCGCCUCGUUUGGACGAUGGGGUGCACCCUCAUGCUGCAAACCAUCCCAACGCAGUGUCUUAGCGACAAGCUAGCAGCACUCAAUAGUGCAAAUGAUCUCAGACAUCAAAUUGAGGGGUGA